AUGUCGGAGGAAUCUCAAGUGCGAUCGUUUUAUUCCGGUAAAAACUUCUUCAUAACAGGAGGUACUGGUUUUGUUGGAUUAUGUCUAAUAGAAAAAAUACUGAGAAGUAUACCUGAUGUAGGAAAAAUAUACCUAUUAAUGAGACCAAAGAAAGGAAAGGAAAUAUCUGAGAGGCUACAAGAAUUUCCUGUUCACCCAGUAUUUGAAAAACUUUUAGAAACAAAAUCAAAAGAUAUAUUCAACAAGUUAGUGGCAAUCUCCGGUGAUGUUGGUUCGGUAGAUCUAGGACUAAGCAGCACGGACAGACAGAUUCUUAUAGAUAAUGUGAAUGUUGUAAUACAUUCCGCUGCAACAUUGGAUUUUGAAGAAGGAUUGAAACAGACGGUGACCAUCAAUGUGCUCGGUACUAGAAGAGUUAUGGAAUUGUGUGGACAGAUAAAGGAUUUAAAGGUAAUGGUCCAUGUGUCUUCAGCUUAUGUCAAUUCAUAUCUAACGGAAGUUUAUGAAAAAGUCUAUGACACACCUGCGGAUGUAGAAUCUAUUAUCAACUUAGCGGAAAAAUUGAGCGACCAGGCAUUACAUGAUAUGGAGAAAACACUUAUGAAGGACCAUCCAAACACAUAUACAUUCACAAAGCAUUUAGCGGAGCAUGAAGUGAAGAAAUAUGAGGAUAAAUUCCCAUGCACUAUCGUCAGACCAACCAUGAUUGUGGCGGCUUGGAAAGAACCAGUUGUUGGUUGGACGUGCUCUAAAGUAGGCCCUCAAGGGUUUCUCAUGGGAGCUUCGAAGGGCGUGGUGCGUCGCCUGCCCCUGAACAAGGAUACGGUGGCAGACUAUAUCCCAGUGGACGUGGUGGUCAACCAGCUGCUGGUGGCAGGAUGGCACGCCGCUGUCCACAAGCCCGGUCUGACAGUGUACCACUGUUCGUCCUCAACGCAGAAACCAUUCAAAUGGUCAAUGUUAGAAUGCCAGUUCAACAGCAUGCUAACUAACUAUCCUUUGAAAAGUGCUGUGUGGUACCCAUAUUUAGAUUUCGUCUCAUCGCUUUGGCUGUUCCGUCUGUCGGCCAUUUUUGUUCACUUCAUACCGGCGAUUUUUCUUGACAUGAUACUUAGAAUAAGUGGGCAGAAACCUAUACUAUUCCGUCUACACAGAAACGUAUGGAACUCGUUGCAACGUUUGGAGAGGUUCAUCUUCACAGAGUGGAUGUUCCACAACACUAAAACUAGAGAACUGAAUGAGUUAUUGAGCAAAGUUGAUAAGGAGUUGUUCUACAUUGACAUACAGACGAUUGUUUGGCAAGAGUAUUUCGUGAAUCUCCAUCUUGGUGUGAGGAAAUAUUUGAAUAAAGAGAGCGAGAAAACUCUACCCGCUGCCAUUAAGAAAAACUACAUAUUAAGAAUAGUGCACAUAGUGUGGCAGAUACUCGUCGUUUUCUUCGUAUGGUUCCUGGUGUCCAGGGUGUUGGGUCUCGCCAUGCUCCAUACGCCAUGGAUGCCACCAGUCAUUUACUUCUUGUACAGCUUGCUU